AUGUAUACUUACAUGGAAUAUCUUCAAAAAUGCUUCUACAAAUCUACAGAUUGGAAUGAGGAUAACAUAUAUUCCAAUAUAACGGCAACAUCACAUGCGCUACUAGAGUUCUCAGUACCUAAUGGUUGUAAAUUAGACAUUUCGUCUAAGUCAACAGAGUAUCUGGCCUCAAGUUUUACUUUAUCUAACUACCAUUCGAUCAAUGGGUCCUUGGCUUAUCUAUAUUCGUCUAUCCCCCUCCGAAAUACAAUGGGCACUAGAGAGGUCUCGCUUCAAGAUGCCAUUGCUGGAUUCAAGAUCAUAGAGCCUCAUUUUACGUCUGUGAAAAAUACUAUAGCGCGCAAUAGUCAAAGAAAGGAUUCACUCUUGUAUGGUCGUAUGUACUUCCCAGGUUCUGCAUUAGAAGCAAUGAUUAUCAAGAGGUUUUCGAGUCAGACCCAACUUUUAGUGAAGUGUAUUAAUAACCCUCAUCUCGACAAGAAUGGAACGAUGAUAAUAUAUUUACAGAAAAACGCUCCUCAAUUUCUGAGGGAACUCAUAUAUUCCACUAAUGAUGCAUUAAUUGGAUUUCGUUGUUUGUACAAUUUUGGAAACCUGACUGGUAAUCAAAGGUACCAAAAUAAUUUAAAGAUUCCUAAUUUUGAUAAUUCAGCUGUUUCAGUAGGUGCAGAAAUAUGGUACGCUGCUAUGACAAUGAGUCCAGGUCUUUCAACUGCAUUCCGUUAUUCAACACGCUCCACAACCACUGGGAAACCGCUAACCAUGACGCUUGCAUGUAAUCCAGUUUUGGGCCAUAUUUCUUCCACUUAUACGGUAAAGACUUCGGUGUCGUCUUCGUUCUGCUCAAAGUACGAUUUCAAUUUCUUUUCGUAUGCGAGUAACUUGAGUCUAGGAUUUGAAUUGUACAAUUUUUCGAAGAACUCUAGUGUGUUCUCGAAUUGGCCAGCAUCCUCUACAAUAGAAAAGCCAGGUACAAUUGCCCAUCCUCCAUUAACGCUACAUCAUCAAAAUCAAAUCGUAGAUCCUAUACAAAAUUUUGAUAAUUAUUAUCAUAUCAAUCCGACAUUAUUAUCGAAACAAUCAAGGAAGAGUACAGACGAAGAAUUGACAAAUGAGACUGUCAUGACAGCAUUUCAAAAUCUAGUAAAGGAGAGUGACUUUUCUUCCGUCAUAAAAUUGUCUACUAGCUUAAAUGAUAAAAUGCUAAAGGUUCUUUGGGAGGGUAAAUGCAAAGAUUUUCUUAUAAGCACGGGCUUCAAAAUGAAUGUAAAUCCUGUCACGAACUCUCCUGAAUUCAAUAGAUUUGGUAUUACAUUAUCAUAUGCCUCUUAA